AUGGAUGCCUCGACUCCACUCAAGCGUUCCUCAACAGAAGCAGGUUUAGAUUCACCAAAGGGAUCGGUUCGCUCUGGUGAAUUGCGAACACAUGCACCAAAGAUCUCCAAAGCUCGCGCAUGCGCGGAAUGCAAACGACACAAGAUACGGUGUGAAUUUCGAGCGGGAGAGUCAAAUUGCACGAAAUGUAUUCGAAGCGGUAUUAAGUGUGUGGUGAAUGACUUCUCACAGAAAUUCGUCGACGACGAUGGGAUAUGGAAAUCGCAAGCGUCUACUACCAUGCUGCAGUUGCAGGGGGCUGUAGCACAGCUAUUGCGACAGGCAGGACUGCCGGAUCUUUCAUCCUAUGCGGCUGGUGAGACCAUCAGUGGUCCCAGUCCAACGGCGUCGAACCAUGCGCACCGACCGUCGAUUGACGCUUCGCAAUCGCACAAUACUCACUACGAGGGGCCUGGAGUGGUAAUGGAUGUCACUCGAGAACAUUCUCAGGAACCCGAUCUCCAAGAUCCGGAAUUAGUCCCAGCACCAAUGCGCAGUCUGUACGAAGUCACCAAGUUGCGCGAUUUACGGAAUAACCAUAUCGAGGCGCCCAAAAAGACACUACUAGAGGAAGACUUCAUAACACGCGGCUUGAUCUCUCUUCGUGAGGCCGAGGAGCUCUUCGCAUACUUCAGUCGUACUAUGAAUCAGUUACUUUGGGGCGGGAUCAUUCUGGUGCAUCGCGAUCUGACAUCUGUCCGUCGUGCAUCGACUCUUCUCUCCGCUGCAGUUUUAACGGUGGCGGCACUGCAUAUACCCAAUCGCACUGAUACACUGAAUCUCUGCUAUAACGAAUAUGUGUCUUUGGUCUCGAAUAUGGCUCUCACCCGAGCACAUACACUGGAUGACAUCCGAGGUCUCUGUGUUGGGGCUUUUUGGUUGUCCGAGUUGAGCUGGAAACUCUCCGGUCACGCGGUUCGCAUCGCGACCGAGUUGGGUCUUCAUCAAAGCUAUCAGCGCUUAACUAGGGGUCAUAUAGAUCAGUACGAACGUGCUCAGCUGUGGUACUUGCUAUAUGUGUGUGAUCACCACUUUAGUAUCGCUUAUGGGCGACCACCUGUGAUCCACGAGGACGUUGCGAUAAGAAAUUAUGAGGCCUUCCUCGAGUUACCCAUGAUAGUGCCGGGCGAUAUUCGACUCCUAGCCCAGGUUGCUUUGUUCAUGAUAUUGACCGAGGCAUACCGAACAUUUGGCAGCGAUACGGAGCGAGCCAUUACGGAUGAAGAUUUUGGACAACUUCGCGUAUAUAACGUGGCGGUUGAUCAGUGGCGGCUGCUUUGGCAACCUCGGUCUGGAACCCAGACUCACCCUCUACUAGGAGAUAGCUCAUACGUACGGACAUACCCGUCCAAGGGCGUGGUGCUGCACUACCACUUCGCGAAGUUCCAGCUCAACUCCCUAGCUCUACGCGCGCUUUCACCGUCCAACACCCCCGUCUUCUCCAUGGAUCGCAAAGAAUCAGCCAACAUUGCCAUUUCAUCUGCUAUGGCUUGCCUGAAUAUGGUUCUGGAAGAACCCGACAUUCGAGAUGCGAUCGUCGGGGUCCCUAUUUUCACACACACCAUGGUCACCUUCUCCGCCGUUUUCCUUCUCAAGGUCGCUAUAAAUUGGAACUCGGCCUAUCUCAGCAUUAAUGCACGCGAAGUGCGCCGGCUGGUCGAACGAGUGAUAGAACUGAUGAAUUGUGUGUCCGCCGGGGAACGGCAUUUGACGCGACACAUUGCACGUGGGUUAGGUAAGAUGUUGGAGCGAUACGACUCCUGGGAAGCGGCAUGGCAGGUCGGACCAAGUAAUGGGGGAGUGGCAGAUGACCAAGAUGUGCCAGGGGGCACGAACGCCAUGGCCCAGGGAUUCCCGCCGCCCGACCUUAUCUAUGAUAUGGUUGGAACAUAUGGAUUUGGACUUGACGAGAACCUGUUAGAUCCCAGUAUGGCAAACUUUGAAUUCUUGGCACAGUGA